AUGGAGCUCAGUUCAGUCGACAAGAACUCCCUUCCAAUAUCCCUGGAAUGGUUUGGCAAUAAUUGCUCCCGCCCCUACCUGGUCAUCGGGGUGGUUGGGGACGACUCCCAGCACCCUCACACAUGGCUGGACAACGCCCCGCACCGCUCCUUUGACCUGCUGCUCAUGUACUAUGGCCAGGACCCGGACUUCCAGUGCGAGCACUGUGUGGCCGUGUACCGCCGCUCCGGCGCCAAGUGGCAGCUGCUCAGGAAGCUGAGCGAGUCCCCGGUGUGGCCCCGUGUGCGGCAGGCCUACAAGUUUGUCAUGAUCCCCGACGACGACGUCCUGAUGUCCACCCAUGUGAUCAAUUUGGCGUUCCAUGUGGCACACCGCUUCUCGCUGUCCAUGGCCCAGCCAUCUGUCUGCCGGCACAAGGACUCCUACAGCUACUGGCACAACGUCUACCAGAACACUUCCAACGCCCUGCGCUACACGGCCUUUGUGGAAAACAUGGCCCCCAUGUUCUCCAUGGACACCCUGGAGCGGCAUGUGCUGCCAACUCUAGAGAAUGCCAGCAUCGGCUGGGGCAUCGACUUUCUCUGGCCCCUGCUCCUAGAGUACCCCCGCCGCGGCAUCGGCAUCGUGGACGCGGUGUGCAUGUCGCACCCUGCCAACCAGUCGUCCAGCGGGCUGUACAAUGUCACACACGAGAAGGGCUGGACUGCUGGGGAGGAGUAUUCCUUCUUUCGAGACAACUGGAACAUCAAUCAGACGACAUGGGAUUCCUUUGGUCUCAAGGAGUACCCUACCAGCAUCGUGUUUCAUGCGGAACCGCUGCCAGAGGGGGGCUAUGAGCUGAAGCUGCCGGCGUUCUGUCCCAAGACCUUCUCCCUACCUGCUGUCAUCCCCUGUCGGACAGUGUUCAGGAUCUGGAGCCUGGUUCCGUGGACCAUGUUGGGGGCGCUCUUGCUCUACGUGGUAGUCUUGAGGAUGAAGAGCUGGAAGGCACGGCGCUGGCCGCUGACUGCGACACCUAGGAGGAAGCUUUCGGGGCACCGGAGCCUGCCGACCAAGGAGGUGUACCUGCAGCUGUCCCCCUAA